CGCAUACAAGAUCCUAGCCGACCACGUGGCAAGGCGAGCGAUUCAAAUGAAUUACCAUGCCAGCCGAGCAUUACCAUGGCGUUCUUUGUUUUUAAUUUGACGGCGUAAGCUCUGGUGACUGCCCCGCAUACACGAUCGUAGCCGACCACGUGGCGAGGCCAUGGUGGCCGUGGCAGCAGACCAUUUCCAGGUUUAACGACUAACUGCUAUAACAUUGUCACGCGAACAGAGUGGCGGCAGCUCCGGCGGCGCAAUGCUCUCGGGGUAGCGCGAGCAUGAUCCAGCCAUGGAAGCUCUCAAUGGCGUCAAGAAGAGGCAUUUCAGGGUAGAGGGUUUCCAGUGGCCCUUCUCGCGCGUGGCUAUGGAGUGGAGGCCUGGCGCCGGCACCGCCAAGCGCAAGAAGAUCUCCAGCGACAUCAAUGUCGCCACUCCUCCUCCUCCUCCUUUACUUCCUCACCCUUCCUCACUCCUCUCCCUCCGGCAGCUCAAUCACUCACCACCACCGCACGAUCCAAACUUUCUCCGCGCGCUCCAGGCCAAUGCUCUUCGGACAAUGUCGGUGAAUGGGAAGGGCUUCCUAUCGAAUCCUUGGUCGAACAGGGCAGCUUGGUCCAGGGUCCAGAGCACGCUCGGGUCGAAGAAGGAUCACGGUGGGGAUUUGAUGAACAAGAAGAGGCAGCUGGAGCUGUGGGACUUGGCGGGGUUCUCUCGUGAGAAGUUAAAGCUUCUCAAUGAGAUUGAGGUGCUCAUCGACUCGGAGGAGAAUGCUUUGAACAUGGAAGCUUCUGCUAAGGCCGCGGAAGGACGUCUUCGAAGCUUGCUGGAUAUCUGCGUAUGCUCUCAAUGCCAGGAGAAUAUAGAGAACAGGAUAGCUCUACAAAGCGUGAGAACCAAAGGUUUGGACGAUGGCAAGGUUAUUUCAGCAAGAACGAAUGUAGCGACUGCAAAGCAAGAGGAUCAGACAGCACCAGCGCUGGAAGGUCCCAAAACCACGAAGCUUCCAGAAUCUCUCGAAAAGGAAAGAGAGAAGGAGAGGCGCUUCUUUCUUGGAAAUGUGAAAGAAGCCAUGGAGCGUGACCGGGUUGCGCUUGACAACUUUCUGCAGAAGCAGAGGCUCAAGCAUGAAGUGUCUAAGCAGAAACUUGGCGAGGUGAAGGGGAGCUUUCUUGGGAAGUAUCUGAGCUUUCUUGACAACUCACUGGACGAUGCUCUCCAAAAGGACGAUUUAAGCGACAAGCACGACCAGGAUUCAGAAGGUUUGGAGGAUCCUUCCAAACUUCGCAAGGAUCAAACUCCUGAGCUGGAACGAUCUUCUGAAAAGUCCGAUGAUCGUACCGAAGAAUCUAUUACAACUAGAGAAGCUGGAAGAAAACCUGCAGACGUUUCGCUUAGCACAGACGCGAAAAAGCUUCACGAGACAAUUCACAAGCUGCUGGACAAGAACAAGCAGCUCCAGGAGAUGCUCUCCGGGCGACAAAACUCGCACGAUCAUCAAAGACAGAACGUUAACGGGCUGGAGCACAUUACAAAGCUGGAGAUUUCUUGCAGCUGCAAGAGUCCGUGGGAGAUGAGGCCCCCGAGAAUUUUCAACUUCACCAGAAAGACGACGUCGAGAGUGUUGCAAACUUCUGGAGAGCUUGAUAUUGGGAGUCUUGAGGAAACUGCAGGGACAAGAACAGGCUACGAGGGGUUUCCUCAAGGCUACUCGUACCUCUACGUCUCUCCAGCUUUCGAGACAGAAAAUGUCGACCCGAACACGCAAACUCGUAACGAAGAUCGCUCUGCUAGUAAACACGUUGUGACGAAUCCCGUGAAGCUUCACAAGCUAAAGCAAGAACAGGAGGUGACGCACAGCCAGGAACAGAACUUUUGUCCAAAGUUCAAGCUCUCGUCACUGCCGGCGUUAUGCAGCAGCUUCACACAAACAACAUGUGAUUCCAGAGGUUUGAAGCAGCUUGAUUUACAACAGCCGAAAGUUCGUCCCCAGUUAGAAGAGAGUAAAGCGAAAACUGAUGAACAUUCACUAGUAGAAAGACAAGACAAAGCUGUCGACGCUGGAGACUCGAGUGAUGAAACUGAUGUUUCUAGCGCAAUGCUUAUAGACGUCAUCAGGAACUGGAGGAUGCAAGCUUUAGUACCGAAAGAUUUGCUGGAAAACAAAGACUCCUGUACUCAGACUGCUGUAAGCUUGACCGAGGUUGGACAAAUCACAGAGGGAAAGCCUGUUGUCGAGAAAUUCACACAAGGAGAUGCUUUGCUAGAACUCUCACUUCUGUGCCAAGAAGAAGAGAAUAAACUGAAAGCUUUGGAGGAACUUGAUGUCAAGGACUCUCACAACAAUCUAUCAGAAACCACGGAAAACUUUUCCGGUGACGAGCUCAUUGAGGUGACGACUCAACUUUCCGAAAGCGUCGAGGGCGUUGCGAGAGAUCGGUCAACCGAACAACUGGAGGCUGCGUUCAAGAGAAAAGAAGAGGAGCUUGAGAACAUAGUUCGCAUGAUGAGCUCCAAACUGGUGGAAAGCCAAGAUAGAGUUGAUGCGCUAGAGAAAUCUCUCGCAGAGAAGAACUUCAAGGUGGAAGAGAUGCUCGAGGUCUUGAAGACUUUUCAAGCCGAGGAAUCCCAGGACAGCUGCAAAAGGAUUGCAGCACUGGAGCAAGCGUUAGCCGAGAAAAGCUUUAGCAUGGACCAGAUGUCUCGGGCCUUGGCCACUGCGAAUUCUUACGCCGAGCAGCUGCGAAAAGAUUUCGAAGAAGCAUUCGAUGAUACACUGAGGAAAGAACUUGCGACUAGCCAAGACACUAUCUCAAACUUAGUGGAAGAAGCGGCCGAAAAGGACGUAAAACUCGAAGAGAUGAAGCUGGAAAUGGAGGCCAUUCAGAACCUAAAGUCCGCUUCCGAUGUGAGUCGCACUGGAUUGGAAGCGAAGGUAUCAGAAGAAAGACACAACGCGAGGGAGGCGUACGCGAGCUUGGAGUCUGUGAAAAGUGAGCUUUCGAAUUGCCAAGCCAAGGCACGGACGAUGGAAGAAGCUGUUGCACAGAGAAACGCCACCGUGCAAAGGCUGGCGCUUCAACUCAAGGAGAUGGAGAAUUCUCAGUCCGUGUUUGAGAAAUCCCAGGCCAUGCUAACCAGGCAGCUGGAGGGUGCUAGAAACAGUGUGAAAGAGAUGGUACAAAUUCUAGGAACCGAGCGGCUUAGCAACACCGAAAAAUACGUGUCUCUUGAGGAAGCCUUGAAUGCCAAAAGCACGAAGAUCAAAGAGCUGGAGCUCAAGGCACAGGAAAUGCAGAAGCUCAAGUCUGCGAUGGAGCUGGAGAUGAAGAAUGCAACAGAGAAUGCGAAGAGCUUGCAUGCCACACUGAGCACCGUCAAGCGUGAUCUCUCCAGAGCGGAUCACAAAACAGUGGCGAUGGAGCAGUCUCUCGCGGCAAAGGACGCAAAGCUACAACAGUUGCAAGACCAGGUGGUGGCUCUCGAGUUUGAGAACUUCCAGCUGCGAGGCCAGUCGAGAGCGGCCGAGAAGCAGUCCAGCGAUCACAAGCGCCAGUUCGAAGACCUGGUUGCCAUCAACGAGGAGCUUCUCAGCUUUUCUCAAGGAAAAGAGAACGAGCUGCUUGCAUGCCGGAAGAAAAUGGCCGGGCUCCAGCAGAAACUCUCGCAAAAAUCGGUGGAGUGUUCGUCGCUGAUGAAGGAGAUCGAGGCCUUGCAGCUCGACUCUGGCCAGACGCAAGCAGUGCUCAUGCGCGAGCGCUUCCGGGCGAUGAAGCAGAGCCUCGCGGACAGCGAGUACGAGGUGAGGCAGCGCGACGAGGCCAUCGAGAGGCUGUCCAAGAGCCUGGCAUCGGCGGUGGAGACCGAGGACGCGCUACUCCAAGAGGCCGAGCAGCUCAGCUUGCUGCUCAAGACGAGCCAGUUCAAGGAGCACGAGCUCACCGAUCGAUCCGGGCAGCUCCGCGCGGAGAAGCAGAGCUUGGAGGAAAGCGUUCGCGGGCUGGAGCGAAAGCUGGUGCUCGUGAGAGUGGAGGUGGCGGAGCUCAACGCGCAAAACUCCGCGCUCACGAAGGCGAGCGAGGACAAGGCGAAGGAGAUCGCGCAGCUGCGAAGAGAGGUGGAGCAAGCGCGAGGGAAGUGUCAGAUCCUGGAGGAGGAUUUGCUCGAGAAAGAGGGGCAAAUCGCCAUCCUCAAGGAGUCCUUCGCGGACGAUACCACGGCGUGGUUAAAGUCUUGUACAUAGCGAGAGGAAGAAGAUGGGUUAAGCUAAAUAAGGGAAAAUUGACUUAAUCUUAA